AAAACUUAAAAAAAAAAAAAAAAAAAACCAAAAAUAAAAAAAUGGGAUAAAAAAACACUAAGCCAAACCAAAAGAGAAACGAUAAACAAAAGGAAAGAAUAAAACAGUAAAUAUUAGAAGAAUAAAAAAACAACAACAUUCAAAUAACAGAUAUUAAUAAUUUCAAUAUUUCCGGUUAGGAAUUAGUAGUAGAGAAAUACGGAAAAAUACAACAAGAAUAUACUCUUUAUAAUGUUCCUUUAGGAAAAGGAGCCUUCGGAGAAGUACGAAAAGCCACCCACAAAAAAACUGGUCUUCAAAGAGCUGUAAAGAUUAUAUCUAAAUUCGAAUGUCCUGCUGAAGAAUAAGCUCGUUUAAUAGAAGAAGUUAAGAUAUUAAAGACUUUAGAUCACCCUAAUAUAAUAAAAGUAUAUGAAUUUUACUAAGACUAAAGAUUUUUAUACAUAGUGACAGAUUUAUGUACUGGAGGUGAAUUAUUUGACAAAAUAAUCGAACUACAACAUUUCGGUGAAAAAGAUGCAGCCGAAACUAUGUAUUAAAUAUUAAAUGCUGUAAAUUAUUUACACAAAAACAAAAUCGUGCACCGAGAUUUAAAACCAGAAAACAUAUUAUAUGACUCUAAAACAAAAGAUUCUAUUAUGAAAAUGGUCGAUUUUGGUACUUCUACAUCAUUUGAUCCGUCUAAAAAAAUGAAUUAAAAACUCGGAACACCUUAUUAUAUUGCUCCUGAAGUUCUCAAUAAAUAAUAUGAUGAAAAAUGUGAUAUAUGGAGUUGUGGAGUUAUUAUGUAUAUUAUAUUAUGUGGUUAUCCACCCUUUAAUGCCUAAAGUGAUGCUGAUAUUAUGAAUAAAGUUAAAAUUGGUAAAUUCUCAUUCCCUGUUGAAGAAUGGAAAUAUAUAAGCAAUGAAGCUAAAUUAUUAAUAUAAAAUAUGUUAUAAUUGGAUCCUUAAAAGAGAGUUUCUGCAGAAUAAGCAUUAUUAGAUCCUUGGAUAUAGAAAUUUAGAAAUAAAAAUGAUGUCGAUGUCCCUAAUUUGAUAAAAUCAUUAAAUAAUAUGCGUACAUUCAGAGCUGGAAAGAAACUCUAAGAAGCCACUUGGAUGUUUAUAGUCAAUUAUUUGGCUUCAAAAGAAGAAAAAACUGAACUUUUAAAAACUUUCCAACAACUAGACACAAAUGGAGAUGGCAAAUUAUCAAAAUAAGAAUUAAUAGAUGGUUAUGCGAAAAUAUUACCGCCAGAAACUGCCGAAAAAGAGGUUGAAAAGAUCAUGAAAAUAAUCGAUAAAAACGCAAAUGGGGACAUUGAUUAUUCAGAAUGGGUAGCCGCGACAAUUUCAAGAGAAUAAUUAUUAUCUAAAUAAAGAUUAGAGAUUACUUUUUCACUUUUUGAUAAAGACGGAAGUGGAAGUCUACAAAUAGACGAAUUAAAAGAAAUUUUCGGAGGAAAUAAGAUCAUUUCGGAAGAAGUUUGGAAAGAAGUAAUUUAAGAAGUAGAUAAAAAUGGUGAUGGGGAAAUUUCUUAUAUUGAAUUUAAAGAAAUGAUGCUUAAAUUAGUAGACAUGGAAGACAAUAUUGAUAAUAAUUGAUUAUUUUUAUUUAUUUUUUCAUAUUAUUUUUUUUUAUUAGAACUAAAAUUUAUAACCUACUUAGUUUUUCUAUAUCAUAUUAUCAAAUAAUAUUCC